AUGAAGUGCGUGUCUGAGGCGAUAAAAUCGCGACCCAAUACAGACACACCAGUUUUCACGACACGCCUGGCGCUGCCCCCGGACUAUGAAAACGUGUCGAACUUCAUGUCCGAGUUUUACUACAAGGGCGAACCGACGGUCCAAAGCUGCGGUCUGGUAGGUACGGAAGCGCCGGAAUGCUGGCGACAGCUGAUGUACAACGUGGUGAGAAACGGCCUGUCGAUCAUCGCCGAGGACCAUGAACGGUGUGUGAUCGGCGCAGCCUUGAACAGCCUGAUCUAUCCGUCGACCUCGAAGGAACAACGGGAGUUCGCGAAAACCUGCUGCGAUUCGAUGAAGGUCAGACGGAUAAUCGAGUUCUUCAGUUACCAACAUGAACAGGCGGCGCUUUGGGAACGCCUAUGCGUCCCGAGGCUAUUCGAGAUCGCUGCCGUGACCGUGGACCCGUUCUACCAGGGUCUGGGUAUCGCCAGGCGACUGUUCGUCGAAAGCUGGUACCUGGCGCGCGACUGCAGCUAUCCGGCCAUCGUUGUCUUCUGCAACAGCAGUCAUACCGCGAGCUUGUGCGCAGACCUGGGUUGGAUAUGGGCGAUGAAUUCUCCGUUCGAUCAGUACAUGUACGACGGCGAACAGUUCUUCACGGAGGUUAAAGAGCCGCAUACCCAAUGGAAAGUAUACUUCGAUUUGUUGCAGGAUUGUAAACCAUACUGCAGGCGGUCGAAAAGGUGCACAAAGGUGACACACCCGCCUAAAAUUUAA